AUGGCCUGUACACUGUCUGUUAAUGGAGCAGGCUUUUCUGAGUAUUACGGUAAGAGGCGGGUCCAGUCAGAGCGUGAUAACCGGCUGGGCGUGUUUUGUCUUUGUGUGAGUGCGCGUGUGUGUAUGUGUGUGUGCGUGUGUGUUUGUGUGUGUGUUGUCCUGUCGGGCUCCUGGCCGCCCCGGUUCAGCACGGACCAUCACAGCCUCAUACUGUAUGAAGCCUUUAGGGUGGGAGGGACGGAGAGCCGCGUCCUCGCUGCAGCUGUGCAUAUAACAAACCAUCCUUCCGUGUCUCGGGAGACAGCUGAGAGCCUUUCUCCUCUGGUCCGGUUGGAUUUACUGAGGUUCUUUUGCAGCUGCAGGGAAGACAGCCACAGCUGGUAGUGCCGCUGCAUUGAGAAGGUCAGGACCGGAGGACGGUGUCAGGGGAGGGAGUGCAAGCCCGUCCGAGACGCGGGACACCGCCCGGCUGCAGCUUCUCCCGGUUCUCUGGAGCUCAUCGACGCUCAGCUGUCCUCAGGUAACAUCCGAGAGCAUGCAUGUGCACCGAGUUUCUGGGAGUCUGUUGAGAUGUCUUGAGCAAUCUUGCCAUGAAUGUGCAACUUAAUUCUACCCCAGCAGCUGUUUUAGUAUUUCUCUCUCUAAAGUUUAAUUAUCAGGACCUUGUUUGAUCAGGAAGCUUUCACGCGUCUUUUCUUAUUCAGCUUCUCCUUAAGUCAUAAAUUUUGCAGCAUUUUGUCCAUGACAGCUGAACGUUGAGACCCACAUUUCUGCAGAGGCCAGGAGGAAUGGGAUUCAGUGGAGAGAUGUAGUAUUUUCUUUGGGAAGUAGAAAUGUUAAGACAGAAAUGCUUGAAACGGUUCAAUUCUUGAAGUAUCAGUGCUUCAUUUGACACAGUUUGUUUUCAGAGUGCUUCUUUUAAGUGGAUUGCAUGACAAAAUGCUCCAAUUUUAUCAGCCAAAUCCAACAAAUCUAAACUGAGACUUUUAAACUGAGAAAUAAGUGAAAGUACACAAUCAGACUUUGGCUUAUAAAUCCGGGUUUAUGGCAUUAAAGCUGUGCAGAGAGCCAAACCAAUGUCACAUCAUCAUUAUUCAGUUUGUUUUAGUGAAAAACAAAUGAAUGAGUCAAAUAUCUCUGUUUUAUUGCCUUUGAGAAUAAUCAGAAAGUAUUUUUCCUUACCGUUCAGCCUUAGAAGAUGUACAGCUCCACACUUGCAUGCAGCUUUUACUCCACCAUGAGGCUUAACUUGUUUUCUGUCCAUCCAGCCACGAUACAGACUCAUUUGAGAGAUGAAGUUAGUGUCUAUCAAGUGGACAGUAUCUGAAGUAAGUCUGUAAUUGUUUGGAUUUGUAUUCAAACGAUAAAUUGCCUGUUUGUGGUACAGUUAUUUUCUGCAUGACUUAGAGUCAUGUUCAGGUCCCAUCGCCUUCAUUGUUUUGAAUCUGAAACGGAGCUGUAUUCAUUUCUUCCUGUGAUCAACGAGAGUUUAUCAGUCCAGUCACAACAGGGAAAAAUCUGUGUAUGUUGGUUGAGUAAGUCUGCAGUCUAGGGGGCAGUAAGUUUUUGCAUUGCUGUGGUCUUUCUGUAUUGUUUUGGUACUCUGAAGUCCUGCACUAAAGCAUCCCCUCAACACUACCAAAGAUAGUGUCCUGCUUUCUCAGGGGGAUUUCUUUCUAGCUGAUAAUGGAGCCUGUGCUUUAGUGCUGUUAAUGAACUGCAGCCUCUGUUAUCUCAGCAGCCAUAAAGUGAUUCUGCUAAUAAGUGAGUGAGAUGAUGCUGCUGAGGAGAGGAGAAGAGAGGAGAGGAGGGCUGUGAGGACCAUCAGGGCUGAAGGAUGAGCUGUAGCCCGAUGCCACUGGGACAGAUUGACUGAAGAAACCCACAGCCAUCCCAGUGUGCCUGUGGUGAACCUGUUAGCAAUAUGAAAACAAAUGUGCGUGUGUGAGUGUGUGUGUGUGUGUGUGUGUGUGUGUGUGUGUGUGUGUGUGUGUGUGUGUGUGUGUGUCUGACGUGCAUUACCUAAAGGGGAAAAGGUCACUUGUUUCCUUGGUGAACUAAGACUGUGUCCUCAGUUGCCUGCAUUAGCUUUGUUUAACAAGUAUAGGGGUGCACACACACAUGCUCACAUGCACACAAUAUCAUUCACACACACAGUUAUUAUGCUGUGCAAACUACAUUUGCUAGCAUGCACUUACAAACCCUCUGCUGAUGAAGCUGUCUGGUGUUUCUGACAGCACACAGAGCCUUCACCAGGGCUUCCUUUACUUCAUACAUUUAUGGUCUUACAUUAUUUGUAUUCUGGAGUCUGAGUGUGCAAUUGUCUGUGUGUGUUUUGUGUGUGUGUGUUUUGCUCAGUCCCGAGUGAAUGGGAAGGGAGGGAAUAUGGAGGAAAGGCGGAGGAGGUUGAGAGGAGCAGGAGAAAAGGAUGAGAGGAGGAGGACAGAGGGGGAGGAAGGAGACUUCUCUUCGGUGUUUUUUCUGCUCUAAUUUGCUGUGACAGCUGCUCUGUUGGCUCAGGCUCUGAAGCCUUUACGUUAAAAAGGAUGAGAAGAAGAGAGAUAAUAAGUAUUCAACUGUCUCUCCAGCAUGCUUUAAUUGGAGAUGCUACACUAACUAUGGUCAGUGCGCUGCAGUUCAGUCAUUUGGUGAUCAUUCACCACCUCCUUGGUCCUGUAAUAUCAGCCAAACUGAUCCGAAACCAUAAGGUUCAUAAUCAGUGGAAAUGUUCUCAUCUCACUGUUCUGCCACACGUGGACCAAAUAAACUGUACUGGUGCUGUCCAAAAUAUAAUAAAAGACAGGACCAAAAUUGUGGUUCAAAGCAGUUUGAAAAGAAUCACUUCUUUAAUGUGUUUAGCAUGAAUCCCAAGACCCUGUUAUCUCCAGCUCCUCUCAGCCUGGUGGGCCCAGCUUUCCCAAUUCCCAACAUCCUUAAUUGCAUUUCCUGUAAAAAAUGACCAAACUUAAAAGGUUUUUUUUUGAUUAUCGUGUUGGUAACAUGUCUGAAUGGAAAAACAAAAUCAGCUGAAUUCUUACUAAAGCUCUUGGUUCAGCUAGCAAAUGCUGUUUAGCUCAUUGACACUAAAGAAACUAAAAAUGAAACUCAGAUUUCUUUUUUAUCAGUACCCUCAUGUCCUCCACACUAACACUCCACAGUGUUUCCUUCCUAAUGGUACAACACUGUUUACUUAAAACGCAUGUUUUUGACAUAAUGAGGGAAUGAAAAGAGGCAAGUUCCCCACAAUCAGGAUGCCAGACGUCCCAGAAUGCUCUGCAUACCAAAGCUUCUGUUAGCAAUAUACAAUCAACAAGAACAAAUUUUCAGAUGUGGACAGCUGCCUUUGGUGGGCCUGCACUGGUACAGUCAGUACAUGAUGCUAAAAAGAAAUCUAUUAUUCCAAAAGUCUGACUGAAACUGGACUAAAAAUCAUAUUAGCAUGUUAGUCCAGCUGAAAUAAAACCGGAUCACACUGGACUAACAAACAUGGAUAAUAUGGUUGGAGAUCAUGUAUACGGCUGAAAUGAUCUGAAUCUGGCCUAAGCGUUCUGCGCAUGCUCCAGUGUUUGCACGCCAGGCUUUGAGAUAGACGUUGAACAGCAUGGAUGUGUUGCCAUGAGGCAGUGUUAUGAACAAAACCUUAACCGAUGGAUGAAGGAUGUUAAAAAACAAAACUUUACGGUACAGAGCUUUAAUAGUGACACUUUAAAAGUCUACAUCCUGUUAUCCUUUUGCUAACAGGUUCUGCUGACUGUUUUGAUACACAAAUUCAUCAACCAGGAGGCGACUUGAUGGUAACAAGCUGAAAGGGGCAUAUCACCACCUAUCUUACUCCUUCUAUUAACUACUUUUUGUAUUUUUUUAAUAAUUCGAUUCCUGCCCAGAGCAUUGUAAACCGGAACAAGGAGAGCAGAUCUGUUUAAUUGCCUCUGACAGUAGCUCAACUUAGCGGACUUGACAACAACAAUUUCAGCUCCACUUUUUAAUUCUGAACAGCAAGAUAAAUCUGUUAGGAGGAACGUUAAGUGAGGAUUUGCAGUCCUCACAGAGUUUCAUCUGGACCUGCAGUGUUGGCUGAACAUUACAUCACUAGAGAACUUAAACGUAAACUAAGUUGUGAAAAAAGGAUCAAUUAAGAUUAGAUAAAAUAAGAUCAUACUUGAUGCUUUUGUGCAAAACUCUGCUCACUUUAGUAACAUGGGGUAAGAUGAGCGAGGUGAGAGUAGAGGAACGUCCCUGAGCAGGAUUUGUGGUAAAGGCGUUAUUAGUAAUUUUGAUAUUUUCGUUCUAUAAUUGUUCUUUACCUUUUUCCUCUUCAAAUAUACACGAUUUAGAGUUAUGAACUAAUACAACCAAAAUGGAAACAGUAGUUAAUAAAAUUUCAAACACUCCCCAACCAGCGUUCAAACACGGCUUUUGCAGGUAUACUUGACCCAAAAUGAAACACGUAAAUUCUUAUAACUAUAUGCAAAUGAUUUGUUUUUAUACUCAGCCUUUUUUAGUGCAGGGUGCCUAAAACUUUCUCUGAAUAUUUCUGAACCAGAUUGGAAAAUCCUCACAGGAGCUUUAAGCAUAAAAAUCAUGGAGCUCAAAUCCUCAAAAUGACCAGCUGUCAGUCCUGAUGUCUACUCUGUUAAACCAGGUACCAGAAUUUAAAGAAAACUCAGACUGUGUGACUGAGUGUUCAGUCACCUGGCUGGGUGAGAUGACAGGUUGUGUAUUUGUGUUUGUUUGGACCUCUACACUGUUAUUUCAGCUCAUUACAACACACAGCCAGUUUUUACAUGCAGACAAAGUGAUAAUUUGGCUUUAGACAGAGCUCUGCUUUAUGGUGACCAGCCUGUGUUAACACGUGUGUGUUCACACAUCUACACACUUUCAGUGUAGGCUCUGCUCUGUAAUUAUUUGUUUGUGUCAUCUCCACCAGUCUCCGCUCAGCUGCUCUGGCUGUGUGAAUAUUUGCACAAGUGCAGUUUUAGGAAGCAGAGGAGCAGCUUCAGCUGAGUGAUGAGAGGAGGUCAAAAUAAAUGAGGAGGAGGGAUGGAUGAGUGGAGCGCAGCAGACAAUGGGCUGACAGACUAUUGUGAUAAAUAGCUUUAGGACAGAGGGUACUAUGGUGUCAUGUAACACCCUAUAGGCAUCAUAUGUCAGCUGUCACAGCAGUGUGUGCAUCAUUUCAUACUUCAUCUGAUGAUGGAAUCAGGAAUGCUCUUCACAUUCAUGUAUUCAUUUAUACAAACUCACUCCUCAGAUCAUCGGUUCAUUAAUGACAGACGUGUGAGUGACAUUAUCACUGAAGGGGUGCGCUUGUUUGGGCUUUUUUAAGGCCUCAACAGGCCAUCCAGCCUCUCUGCAGAUCUGCUCCCAACACAUGGAAAAAGAAAGCUCUUUCAGGGAAAUGAAAAAUGAUUUUAAAUGUGGUUAUAAAAAAAAAUAUUAAGAUAUGUCUUCUGAUUGAUAUAAACUUCUUUUUUGAGUGUUAAAGUAUGAUCCCAGAGAAUUUUGGCUCAGACCUCAGUUUAAUCUUACUGUUGUGGUACUUGGUCUGUGUCUGUAGUUUCUGCUAUUAUUUACACACUCUUAUCUUCUCAUCAUUUUUUUCUAUCUUUUACCAUAGCAACCUCUCCUGCCCCGCAUCAGAAAAACAAAGUCAUCCACCUUUGCUUUGUCUACACGAGUCUGACAGGAACUGAAAACGCGACAGAAUCUCCCAAAACAAAUACGACCGGGGACGUCAAGGAAGCAUCAACAUGUUGGUGCAUAUCAACAUAAACAUGUUGAUGGAUGUCACUUAGAGUCAGUGUUCCUCCCUUUCGGUAAUUGUUGUGUUAGUUUGUUAGCGGCUCUGCCCGUCUUCUUGAUUUUCUUCUGUUUCUUCAUUGAGUUAACAGCGCUGCCACUUUCUUAAAUGAAUGAGUUGGUGGUUUUUGUGUGAAUGGAUCAUAAUCAGAGGAGGCAGCUUCAAGAGCAGCAGCUGGAGUGCCAGCAACUCUGUGUGUAUGUGUGUGUGUGUGUGUGUGUGUGUGUGUGUGUGUUUGUGUGUGAGAGAGAUAGAAAGAGAGAGAGAGGGAACCAGAGAGAAAGAGAGAGAGAAUCGUGGUUAUGCCUGUUUUCUGUGCCUGGGGACCGGAUCUUGGAGCAAAGGAUUGUGGGUGCAGUCUGGUUCUGGUUGACUGGCUCUGACAGAGAGGGGGGGGUGGAGAGAGAAAGAAUUAGAAGAAGGAGAGAGAGAGAGAGACACAGAGAGAGAGAGAGAGAGAGAGAGAGAGAGAGAGGGAUGGUCUGUAAUUAGCGCUCUCGGCCAGCCGACUGCCACAUUCCACAUCUGUAAAUGACAGAGUGCAUGUGGACUCUCUCUCUCUUUCUUUCUGUCUGUGUCUCUCACCCUACUGCUCCAGUUUUGCCAGACAGUCUCCAGUUGUUUCCACAUCACAGCUUUCAAACCGCUACAGGAAUGAGGAGACGAAGAUGAGCCCUCCUCAUCUUCCUCCCUUUGAGACUCUGAGGUCUCUCUCUCCUGUCCUCUCUUCUCCGUCUGUGACAGCGUCCCUCCUUCUGUCAGCUCAGAUCAGAGAUCAGAACAGGUGUAACUAGCGUAAAAGAGGGGACCGUUCACUCACCUGUGUGUUUGAACAGAUCUCCUUGUAGCUCCUGAUUCUGUAGUCUGCUUCAGGUCCGGCUAAUCUACUGAACUUUCAGGUGUUUGCUGUAUAUUUACAUCAGGAGGUGAUUCAUUAAAACUAGUUAAAAAUGCAUUUACACUUCAUUAUAACUUAAUAAUCUUUUUAUAAGAGGGUAGUGAAGCUAAGAAUAGACGGAGUUUAGACACCAAUCAUGUUGGUGUUGGUUGAGGAUGCUGGGUGUGAUCAGCUCUAGACUUCGACUUGUACUCUGGGUAUAAUGAACUGGAGUUUGGGUGAAGAAUGAGAGCUAACAGUAACACAUAGGAAAAACAAAAAUGAUGGGGUGUUAAACUAGAGGAGGAAAUGAUCAGCUAGUUAGAGCAGGAAAAGAGAGUUGAUCUGGAGUCGUCAAUAAAACUUUAAAUGCAAGAACAAUGUGUAACCAUGUUUACAUAUGAGCAUCUUUAUUUAAUAUCGAUUAAUAUUAAUUUACACAAUUGCAAUGCCUUGAUUUAGUAAGAUUAGUACACAGUCACAGCCAUUAAUGCAAAAGUACUAAUAACUAGCAUAAUCAUUUCUUUUGGUGUUUUGGUUUUCGGCCAAGAACUUUCAUUUCGGUGCAUCCCUACUUUUCAUGUAUUUGCACUUUUCAAACUCUGUUUUUUUUUUCACUUUGCAUAGAUCUUGUUGAUUAGAUGUCUUACCGUGAGUUGUAUUGCCAAAUAUCAUCACGAGUUCAUAGAGCUCACUUAAAAAUGACCAGAUUCACUCGGCUUUUACUGUGUCCGACUGUGCUUUGCUUAUCUACUCCAUGAAACUGUCCAGCAAACACAGAUCAGCAUUAGCAGUCAUACAUAGUGCUGUGUAAUGAAUAAAUGACACUUCCUCUGUCGUCAGAUAUGGGUGAAGGAGUGUGCAGGAUUUACAGAGAUCUCUGCACAAAUAAAGAUGCCUGCUGCUGCUGCUGCUGCGCAUGAGAUUAACAACCCCGCUGAAAACGAAGCAACAUUUAACUGGAAAGUAAAACCAACUCUGAAAUACUGUACAAAAACUACACUUUACAUAAAUGCAGGUCUAGACUGUGCUCUGUUAUACGAUUUGUAAAGAGAGUUUGCAUUAAAGUCAGCCAGGCUCUGAUGGUAAUGAUGAAACAGACUCAAUCCCAAAGGGGAUAUAAGUCAUUUUUUAUCCAUAUAUAUCAAAUCACAACAGAAGAGAUUUCAGGCCUCUAGACAAAGAGCGUUUACAAGCCGUACUGUGUUUGAACUGAAUCUACAACAAGCGGGCUAAUGAGAGAGAGGUGCGCUGCUGUCACAGUCAGGGGAAAUGGAAAAGCCUGACAGGAGAAACAUUUUUGUUAGAGGAUGGUAAUGAGCAAGAUGAUGGUACAAACCAGCAUACCAAAGCGCCCAGUGCCCCCAGCUUGUUUCCUCAUUAGCUGGUUUCUGUGUGUGUCUCUGUGAAGGUGUAUGUAGGGACAAUCAUUAGUGUGAUGGAGGCAAGGCUGUUUAGUUUGUUUCUAGCCUCAAAACAGCCGUGAGAUUACUGUCAGUGCAGCUGUGUCAUGUCCUGUCACACUCUGACAGAGAAGAGGAGACAGAGAGGAGGGGCUGUGUCAUGUUUGAUCACUGAUCACCUGAAAAGCAGCUCUCUGGGUAAUGAUGUUAAAAAAUCUCUCUCUGUUUAAUAAGUUAGGGUAUGGAGCAGGUGUUUGUAGUUACAUGGAGACUGCCAUGCAGAGUUGUUACCACAGAUAUGUUUUUAUACGACCCUUAGGUUGGUGCAUUGAUGGCUGUGAUAGAGCAGCUGCUGCGUGUUCAUGGUUUGUAGCAGAGCAGUGGAUAUAGAGAGGAAUUUCAAGGAAUGUCUGGACAGUUUGGGAUGUGUGUUUUUGCAGAUGUAAACAUGAAUAGUUUUUGUCUUCACAAGAGGAUGAGGUCAGCAAAGACAUGGAAAAAAAAGGUAUAGUUGACCUGUGACAAAGGUGAAGCGGCGAAAUGCUGAUCAUACACUAUUUACAACAGCUUAUUUGGAGCAGCACAGACCAUAACCCCUCUAACAUUGUUGCUGCAAAUUACAUUUGGCAAUGUUUGUUUUUCAUUCUGAAAUUUCAACCAUCCUCACAACUGUCUCCAGCUUUUUAACCUCGAACAUCAGAGAGGUGCUGCUUCUAUCAGUGAGAUUAUUGAUGUUUCAAAGUAUGUGUGAAUGAUAAAAAGGGAACUGAUCAGGGUGAAAACAUCUGAGUAAACAACAUUAGCAUCUAACAUUGUAAAAAAUGCACACUAAUGUUUCAACGUACCUAAAGAUGCUCACCUGAUUCUGUUCAGACAGUUCAAUUUGACCAUUUAAUUAAAGCUUCUGUAAGGAGUUCUUAAGUGGAUGUGAAUCGCUGAAAUCAAUACUGAUGUGUCUUUUUGACUUCAACAAAAGACUAACACAAAAAGGAGCCACUUUUUCUCUCUGGCCAUUUAAAGGACCUGUAAGCACUGGCAGGAGGUGUCAGACUCAGGAAUUAACCGCACACUGCUGAUCCUUUUUCACUCUCUGUGGUGAAGAAGACUCUCCACUGUCAAAUAACUGCAGGUUCAGGAUUUUGUCAACAAAUUGCACAUAAACAGAACAACUGCUGCACAGGCUGAUUUGAUUAUUGAGCAGUUAUUGUUCCUGAUUUCAUUAAACCCAUGGCAGUAGUCUGUGUUUAUCACAAUGAAUAAGAAAAGUUAUUGCAUGCACUUUUGCACAAGCUAUUGGAAGGAAACAUGGUUAUGAUGUUUAUAUUUUUACAUUGUGUUGAUGUAUUUAGAACUAGCUAACGGCUACUCUUAAAGACACACUCCAAUGAAAAUCCUGUUUUUCUUGUUGUCCACAUGUUCAUAUGGCAUUUUUCUGAUGCUACAGGACGUAUCAUGAAAAAAUAUAAGUGCCAAAUUGCAUUGCAUUUGCAGUAUUUCUGCAUUCUAAUCACCGUGAAUCUCUCACAGACCCAAACGACAGGUCAGAUACAGUGAGAUUUCUUACAUCACAAAUCCAAGCUCCGCCCCUGGAGCCCCAAUAUGCAGGCCAGACUCUGAGAAAUAGGACAGUCGCGCAACAAGUGUGUGCGUUAGCAGACUGCAAUGCAGGCAAGAAAGCUAAUUAUGAUAUUAACUUUCAUCAUGCCCCCAAAGACAUUAGUGUCUGGGAGCUGAAUAGUUCCUACAUUACCUGCUACUUCUACUAUACCGUUAAUGUUAGGCUGCAAGCUUGUGUAAAGAGGAGUGUAAAGAGGAGUGUGCAGAGCAGCGCUGUCUUCACCCACGACUUAGAGGCAAAUUGCUAAUGACUUACUGGAGCUCUGCAGAAGAAAAGUCCUUGAAAAUGUCCCAGGUAAAGUGAUUUUUGGUAAAAACUUCAUAAUCACAAUUUAAAGACCACUGAGAACAGUUUGAGGAGAAAAAAAGAAAAGGUUGGGACUUUAAUGUGGCAUCAGAGAAACUGCUGCUUUGAUUUAUUCUGUCCAAAGGAUAUAUUGUGGCCCUAAUCAGUGGCAUGACAUGUUGUGAUUUUGCUCUUAACUUUGACUAUCUAAUUUGCAUUUGCAUUAAACUCUCUGUGCUUUAGUUUAUGUAUGGUCUACAGAUGGAUCACAGACUUGAAUAAAUACCUUGAACAAACUGCUGGUAGACUUUUAAACCUCAUACAGUGUUAUGACACGAGGAUCAAAGGAGGAGCUGUUAGAAGGUACUGGGUACAGCUGCUCUUUGUGUCAUAAGGGACAGAUACAGCACACACUCAUUCACACAAGGAUCUUUUGGCAUACCACUUUUUAUAACAAGGAUUAAUCCGCACAGCCCUUACAGGCAAAAGUGUAAAACAGACAGCCACAAUAGAUAAAUGGGUUUUAUAAAUCCCAACUGUGUAAACCCACACGUUAACACCACCUCUGAAUGUGCCUGUCGUGGUGUUGUUAAGUCAGGGGCGCUCAACUUAUUAGCUUUCAAGCGGUGUUUUCAGUAAAUGCCUCGCCACAUGGGAUAUAUCCUUAACAUCUGUUAAUGGAGGCAGAAUAAACCUGGAGAUCACCGCAGCUGAGGAGGGAUCAAAGACUCUGACACACAUUGAGAGUGUGCAGGGGAAAUAUUUUUAAUACAUUUAGAGACGUGCAUUUACACUCUUAUGUGUAGACGGUGAUACUCGGGAUCAAUCUAUCAAUACUCUGAUUAAAGGGUGACACACUGUACCUCUGAACCACAGCAGCCCACCAAGACCUUCCUGUUUUAGUCAGCUAACACACACUGAAAACACUGAAACAGUUCAGCCUGUGUGUGCGUGUUUGUAUGUGUUUUCUCACACGUAAACUGCAUGUACAUGCACACAUAACAGUGCCAGUCUCUAUGAUAUCUGUAGACAGCUCAGUGGUCCGUCCCAGCAGUGGCAGAUGGUGUUCAUUGGCCAGUGCCCCGUCCUUCCUCUCCCUCCUACCUUUCUUCCUGACUCCUCUCUUUCCCUUUUCCUCUCUUUCUUGGCAUUCUUUACCUCAUCCUAUACAAAUAGAGACAUGAGCCAUGACAGCCUUGACCUCUGGAGACUCUCACCAGACUGUUGCUGUUGCAGAGAACUUGGUGCUGCCCUGUGUGUGUGUGUGUGUGUGUGUGUGUGUGUGUGUGUGUGUGUGUGUGUGUGUGUGUGUGUGUGUGUGUUAGCCCUGCUCAAUGAUGGAGAACCUCAUAAUUUUAGAUAUUGAUUUCUGAUUUUUAAGAACAUUUCCCCAUGAUUUGACAGUCUUAAGAGAUAGUGCGGUUACUAUUGUAGCAUACUCAGAGUUUACUUAUUUAUUUAGUGGUGCAAAAGAAGGAAGAAAAGGACAAGAAGAAGCGAAAAAGAUAAAAUGUUGUGAGGUAAUAGCUUUAUUCAAGGUGACAGACAAAAUCCGACGUACAAUUUCGAGGCAAAACCCAAUAUAAUGUAUAAAUAUUAAUAUAAAGGCCAAGGUCCAUCAGUUCUGAAUCAAACUGAUAAUACACCAUUGUUUUCUCAACAAUUCAACUCCAGAAAACUAUCUAUGCACGGCAUAAAAACUCGCACAAUAAGUAAUGUAGUCAUUUUCUACUAAAUUAGUGGAUCACAGAGAGGAAGUGAAGAUGUUUUGUCCCGUUCAUAAUGACUGCUGGAUUUCGUUUUUUUCAGUGAAAGGUGUCUAGUACUCACAUCAACGGUCUCCACAGUCAGUUUGCUGCUUUCUUUUGACAGCAAAGUAAAGUGAUGGUGGUUGAUGGGGGCCAAAUAACGGUGGCUCAGCCUGCUGCUGAUGCUGCACUCACUAUAAGUCACUUUGCUGUCUGGGUGCCAGAGAGAUGUCUGAAACUGAAGUGAUGGCUGGGCAGAGCCACUGGCUGUACAGUGUUGGCACAAACACGAAACUGUGGCAAGUGAAACAGAUUCCUCUUUUAGUGAACAACUUGUUAUUCAAUUUUGUUUGGUAGUACACAGAGGUAGGACACAUAACAGAGAAACACACAAAACCUAACAACUAACAAUACAAAAAGAAAAGAAAACCCCCAACAUCUUCUUUCAAAGUGUAUCAGUGUGUGCAGGAUACAAAGGUACCAACCUUUAUCUGUUAGUUACAGUCAUUCUGCUGCAGAUAGUUUAUUUGAUUUGCCAUGAAGUGCCAUGCUGAAAUAGUGUCAACUCCAUGUGAAUAUUAAUACAUGUUUCCAAUGUAAGCCUGGCACCUCUGAGGCAGCAGAGAUUUCUGUUCAGUUGACAAAUGCCAAUUUUAAUGGAGCAACAUAUGGGAUAAAAUUACCCAGAUCAACAGACAGAGUGGCUCAGACCUCAGCCCAAAUGCUCUUUUUUACAGCCCUGCAUUCCCAACACAUGAACCAGUGAGUCCUUCUGUGCAUACGUUGCAGUUUUGAAAUGGUUGUACUUCCAUUAGAUAAGCCUUGAAGCAAUGAAAACCACUCCAAUGUGUUGUUCCAAGUCACUGGGAAUACUUGUGUAAAAGGGAGGGUCUUAAAGGGUGUCUUCCCUAAAAAAUGCGUAAAGCUGAGAAACCACUUCUUUGUUACACCUUCUGUUGUCCAAAAUUGAGAGCAGAGGAUGUGUGGUGAGCGGAGUGCUCCAGGGAACUCCAUAUGCUUUCACAGGCAAUCAAAGUUGGAGAUACAGAAAAAAAGGAUAGACCUGCUAAAUUGUAAGAGCGCCUCAAAUCAUUAAAGUUACAGAGCACAUUCUCAUAAUAAAUGUCUGAACCCCUUUAGUGCUCCAGGAUGGUUAUGAAAAUGGUGUCCCUCCAGUGAGAGGAGAAUAGUUAUUAAAAAUUGGAGUCUUAAGAUGCCGCCUAUAAGAAGAAUUAGAUUCUCUCUCAGAAAGACGCCAUACUGACAAAGUGAAAGUCAUUAUGGGGCCAAAUCGCAGUUUUGUUUGUCCCAAAGGGACGGCAGAAGAAACCAAAUCCUCCAAUCCUCCAAGAGCAAAGUUACUUUCCAGCAGAUAAUAGAGUUAGGGUUAAGCCAUACUGACAAUGGGCUUAAAUCAAAAGACCAAAAUUAGUGUUUUAAAUUUGGAACUGACAGAUCAGCAUCUGAUUUAUGGGGCAAGAGAGUCGUCAAUCUAACACAUGUUACAGAGACCUUAUACAUUUUAAUACCAAUAAUUACCAAUAAGGGACAGAUGUGUACUCCCAGAUACUUACAUGUAUUGACCACAGGGAUUCAUUGAUGCACAAUCUCAGGAUCAAACACUAAUAGUUAAGACCAGUUUAGUCCAGUUAAUUUUGUAUAUGUUCAAAAUAUAAGGUAGAGAGGUUGCUGCCAUGGAAAAGUACAAUAGUAUAUCAUCAGCAUACAGAAAUAUGGAGUGAGUGGUAUUGUUGAAGGUAACGGGAGCAAUACAUGGAUGUUUUUAGACUUUCUAAGUGAGUGGUUCCAGUGAGAGAGUAAGUACAAAAUGGGCGGCAGUAGCUCAGGAGGUAGAGUAGUCGUCCAAUAACUGGAAGGUUGGCGGUUUGAUUCCCCUAUCCCUAGUCUGUCUGUUGUGUCCUUGGGCAAGAAACUUAACCCACCUUGCUCCCAGUGUGUGUCCUCCACUGGUGUAUGAUUGUGAGUGAGUGUGGUGGUUGGAGGGGCUGAAGGCAUGAAUUGGCAGCCAUGUUUCUGUCAAUCUGCCCCAGGGCAGUUGUGUUUACCACCACCUAAGUGUGACUGUGUGACAAAAUUAAUGAUGUAUCCAAUGGACAAAAGAAGGGCUUUAAGGACCUCUAAUAAAGUGCGAUAAAAUCUGAUGCAUUAUUAUUAAAAGGCAGUGACACAUAAGAUUACAGGUGUGCCACAGAUUCACCGACCUGACAGAGGUAGAGUGGACAAGGUUCUGUGUGUCUUCCCCACAGUAUAGGAUAGGAGUAUAGGAGUAUAGGAACUCACCAGCACACACACACACACACACACACACACACACACACACACACACACACACACCCUGGAUGAACGUGAGCCAAAUUAGCUCAGUCAUAAAUCCUUAAACUUGUAAUUUAUUCUGUUGAAAUGCACGGAGGUGAGGCAUUUUUCUUUCACUCCCUGUUUGUGGAGACAUGCCAGCAGCUCUGUGAGGAUCUAUCAACAGCAGCCAUGUUUAGAGUUUGAAUACUGGAACGACAAAGCUGUUCGCCUUGCUGCGGUCUUGCUGGCAUUUAGGACCUAAACCCUUACUGCGGUGUGACGAUCCCCUGGAACCUUUAGGAUUCCUGUUGUACUUUCUUCCUUUCCUCUGUCAAUUGUUCACACUGUUUUGAUGGCUGUUAUGUCAUUUAUUUUGCAGGUAUUUGUUCAUAAACCAAAGUAAACUGACUUUUGUACUUGAUAAGAGCAGAAUCUGACCAUCUUGACACCCUUGUGGUCAGAGGGCCAUCUGAUGUAUUUGUGGUUCGACACUGUGGUUAUGGUUUUGGCUCUGGUUAUCCAUCCUGGGUCUGAUCCGUCCUUAAUUCUGAGAGAGGACAGAAAAAAUAAAUACAAAUGCCAACCCCAGUGACGUUUUGAUGUUUGUGUAAAAUGUGAAUAAAAACAGAAUACAAUAACCUUUUAAUCUUUUUCCACCUAAAUUUACCCGAAUACUCUACAAAGAUAUUCAAUGUUCAAACUGAUAAACUUGAUUGUGUUUUGUAAAUAUUCACUCAUUUAAAAUUGAUACCCUUGCUGCUUUUUUAUCAUGAGUGAUUUUUUUCUUUUUCUGAACUGCCUGAUGUGGUAUUUGUCUCUGUCCCCUCAAAAGUUUAUUUUUCUGUCUCUGUCAUUUUAAAUGAUGACAAGGAGAGUCCAUACACCAUGGAGAACCUUAAACACCAGGGGACACGAUGAGCAGAGACAAACUUUGUUGAUGUGGAAGUAAUUUAAUAACUGGACAAAAACACAAUCUAAUGGUUUAAGGGGAAUUAAUUGGACCAAUUCCCAAGUCCAGUCUUUGGUGUGGUGUGGAGCUAACAGAUAGAUAAUUGAUAAAAUUACCAGCCUCCUUAAGGUUUUGUUGUUUGGAAACAGAGACCCAGUUAUGAAGCAACAGUUGACUGCAGCACCCUGACACAGGUCUGUGAAUGCUGCCCUGCUGUUUCAGGUAAUGUCCUGACAGGCUGGGAAAUGAAGGUAAUUGGUAUUUUGCUGUCACAGUCACUGUUCACUGAACCACACUCAAGCACAGAGCACACGACUCGCCACUCUUAUGUUUACCCCAUACUCUAACUUUGGUUAUUUAGCAUGUGUUAUUGACUGUUUUCAGUAUGUGUUUCACACAGCUUUACAUAAAGGUAGUUGUGGGUUAAUUAACACUUUUGUUGUUUUGUUAAUCUAAUAUUUGUCUAAAUUAUUCAGAAAUCCAAACUGUGUCUGAGUGUCUGCAGAGAGCUGUUUGUCCAAGCUUUCUGGUGAUGUCAGAUAACUAGGAGUGCUUAUGGAGACGUACGUGUUUAUGUGUGUGCAUAUGUGUUUGUGUGUAUGUAUGUGUGUGUGUGAGUGUGUGUGCGCACUUACAAUCAUCUGAUAUGGGACUGGAGACGGCGUGUCUUCUCUCUGUGUCCCAGCUGUCUUGGGAUAUGUUUGUGGGUAAGCGUGGUAGUUCGUGUGUGUGCGUUUGUGUGUGUGUGUUGAUGUGGAUGUGUGCCUAUCCCCACUGUUAUCUGUGACAGAUAGUUAUGAGUAGACAGACUGACGCUUUCCCAAGUGUUAGCCUUGAGGCAGGCUGGGGAGAGGCAUGAGGGUGAGUGUGUGAAGGGGUGUGUGUGUGUGUGUGUGUGUGUGUGUGUGUGUGUGUGUGUGUGUGUGUGUGUGUGUGAGAAAGUAGGAGAAAAGAAUCUGGAGUGCUCAGUUUUAUUUGAAGCUCUUCUUUUGUUUUUUUUUUCAUCUGGUUUGUAAGUCUUCUACCAAUUUUCUUUCCUAUUCUUACUCUCUCAGUCCUCUCAGCCUCUGAUCCAGGGUCAGAUUUUCACACGUUACAGAGAACAGUCAUAUUUACCCUCGCUUUUGCAUACUUUACAUUGAAGGUCCUACAUGACGGUAUUUUCAGCUGUUAAUUUAUCCCAGCCUAAAUUCUUUGAUUUAGUAGCAGAAAACGCCAGACAGUAGCCUUAGUUUCUAAUCGCGCUCUAGAGAUCUGAAAAAGUGGAAAUGCUGUAAUAAUGAAGUGCUGUACUGAUUGGUUGCCUGAAUAAUGUUUGUGUUUGUGUGUGUGCAUACAUGCCAGAACAUUGUUGUUAAAAAUGAAAAGCAGCCACUGUUUUUUUUUUUUUGUUUUUUUCCGGCCCUCUGGGGUUGAUUCAUGAAGCAGGAUAAGGGGGAAGUCUGGAUGAUUUCAGUAAGAGUUAAGUUGUGCUGGAGCCGUCUAACUGAUGGAUAAAUAGAUAGAAGAAUACUUUAAUGUUGAAACAACAAAAGGUGUGAUUACAAGACACUUACAGUGUUAACCAACAACACAUGGGUCAGAGUACCUGGUUAGGGACCCAGCAGGUGUGUAGUGUCUCCUCUCAUGGGCAGACAGUCCCACACCUGUGGAGAGAGAAGAGUGGAUACAUUGGUCCCAAGCACCAACAUGUAUAACUGAUAUAACCAACCCUCAGUUUAGUUUGAAGGGUCUUUAAUCGUAUUGGUACAUCAACACCACUAAAAACAAAAUCUUAAAAAAGAGAACUGUAAAACAAUACUGACACAUUAAAAUGAGUAUAAAUGUGGUUAAAUGAGAGUUUGUACGUGACUAUGAUUGUCUGUGCUGUGUGUGACAGUCGGUGUCAUGGUCAUGAUGGUCUCCAGGGUUCCUGUUGUCAUGUGAUAAUAAUCCACGGUAAUCUAGUUACAUGUAGUUUUUGAUGGUUAUAUUCACUGUAUAUUCACUAAAUCUUACUAAUAUUGCACACAUAUUUUCCUUCAAAUGGUUCAGUCAAAGUCUGAAAUCUAAUACUGCACUGUACUGCCUGUACUGUUUCUUUCACCAUCCGGCUUCCCAGUUCAAAAUUUGAGGGGCUGUAAAAUGUUUACACUAAGUUUAUUAUAGGGCUGGACGAUAAACCGAAAAUUUACAGAUACUGAAAUUUAUGACAAUAACCAACGUCAUUUUGCCCAUAUCGGUAUAUUCGGUGUCAAAAAAUAUAUAUAUCAAAGUUGGUUUUGGAUGUGUGUAGGUAGGCUAUAGUCUCAUGUCCCUUUAAGACGCUGUCCUACGUCAGAGACGUAAUUCUACCCCAUCUGUACAAACAGGCAAAGACAGGUGAGGAGAUGGAGGACGGUUCAAAAGUUGUAGCGGCUGGAGUAGAUUAAGUUAAUGUGGGCAGCUUGUGGAGUAGUUAUCGUCCAUUUAUUGUUAUGGAGGUGAACUGCUCAAUAUAUCAUGAUAUUGAUUUGAGGCCAUAUCGUACAGCCUUAGAUAGAUUUUCACUGGAAUAAAGACCUAAUCACAGACCCUGCAGGACUAAUUGUGCAGAAAGAAGUUCGUUCACAGUGCGAAACAAAGCAAAGAAAUAAAAACAGAGAGAAAGGGGAAGAGGUUAAAGACUAUGAAGAGGACUACAGCCCAAAUGCCUGAGAUAUAGCGCUGUUUAAGGACUGGGAAAUGGAAAAGAAAAUGUCACAGACUGAUGGAAAAACUCAGCCAGGUGUUGCACUGACUGCGGUCCUGUCCAGCUUGUUUUACUUCAUCAUCAGUUAAAUGUGAGUAAUAACGGCUAAGCCGGCUCGUUUUUAGAGGGCUGUAGAGUUAACUGUGAUCAUGGGAGCAGCUCAAACUGUGAGACUAAAGGGACAGCGUUUGCUCCUGGUCUGUGUCCUGAUCAGUGAGACCUUCAGGUGCUUCAGGGUCAGGGUCUGCAGAAACAGUUUUCUCUCUGUGUCAGUGCUAAACAACAAACCCUCCCUCUGAUGCAGCAGAGCAUUGAAACUCAGUUACCCAGCAGAGUGAGCACUGAAUUAGAUCAUACAUUAGAUUACACUUUGUCAUAAUCGUGUGAAAUUUGUCCUUGCACUAUAGUCUGUCUCACAGAAAAAAGAGGAAACACCUUUGUGUGCUGCGGAGGAGUGACAGAGUCAGAGUUCAUUCAAAGUCCCUCAGUGUUUCCUCAGCUCUUAAAGACUUCUGGGACCCUCAGCUUAUUUGUUUCCUUUAGUCCCAGCGAGGACCUAACUAACUAGCCAACACAUCAGACCAGUUAACAGCCGACAAACCACUCAGAUCUCUCAGGGGUACUACUAUUUCUUUACCCUGUACUUUAGGGAUCCAGUCCCUGCUGUGGACCUCAGGGUCUCGGGGAUCCAUGGGUUUUCUUUUUGAAAAGGUUGCCCAACAGGGGACAUGACUUGUGCAGGUCGUGCAUGAUAUUGUAUCCAAAUAGCAUUCAUUUACCAAGUCUUCUUGUUCAGCUCUGACAUCACAGAACACCAAGGAAACAAAAUGAGCUGGGCUGAAUCCCGAUGAGCAGAUUGAACCAGCAAUUUUUUCAAUAUUGAAAAGUAUUCUGUUAAGUUAUGCAUAAAAAAAUUUACAAAAUAUGUAACUUAGAGUACUCACUCUGCAUUAAAUGAUCCCCGUCGGUGUUAUAACUUUGAAUUACUAUUACUUUACUGUGCGUUAUCAUUUACUGAUUUUUAAGGUUGAGCUAAUUUUAAACAACGGUUUGUACUGUUGGGCAGUUUCUGCAAAUGUCAUAUAUUUGUAGCGUCACUGUCUGACAUCACAUCACUCCUGUGAGAUCUAGAGACUUAAAGACAGUUCAGUUAUUUUUUGUAAUAGAGAUAUUAUUUUGUUUCCCUGGAAAAAAGGGAAAUAAAUAACAACAAAUACCAAAAUGAAAACAAACCAACAUCGGCAUCAGCUAUCAGCCAAAUUGUAAUUUUAAACAUCGGUUUCGGCUGAGAAUUUCACAAUCCGUGCAUCCCUAGAAUAAAAGGUUGCGGAGGGCCUCAUGCCUGCCUUUGCCCAGGGCCCCCAUAUUCCUAAAUCAGCCCCUGGAUUGAACACAAGUCCAUCCACUGAUCGAGCUGGUAUUCAAGUGCUGCAGCCCACCUGCAUCAAAGAGUACCCUUUACUGCAGACAAACCUCUCCACCUGCCUUUAAACCCCUGUAGCACACAAGCAUGUUUUCAGAUGUUCAGGAAGUAUGAGAAAGUAUAAAAAAAUUUGUUAGUAAAGAAGAUUGAAGGAAAAGUAUUAAACUGAAUGCAGAUUUUUAAUGUGUAGAAACUACUGCGGAGAGGAUGAGCAGCUGUGUAUCAUCAGGGCUUGAAUUACAUACACGAUGAUAGAAGGACAAGAGGAGGUGUGUGUAUGUGUUUGUGUGUGCAUGUGUGUGUGUGUGUUUAAGGUGAAACUAGGUGAGAAAGUCUCAUUUUCUUGGUUUUCUUCUCUUCAAACACAGACACACUUAAGGACACAGAGCUGGUCACAGUUUCAGUGUCAUGGAGAAAUGAGUUCAAUCCUUCAGUCUAACUUCUACGUUACUUUUCUCUGUUUUCCCUCCUUUCCUCUUGUUUGCAGAGAGCAGAUAGAGGUAAUCUGUAAAUAUAUGUAAUGUUGUCUCAACACCAAAGCCUUGUGAAAUAAGUGUAAAGACAAUCAUAACACCUUUGAACUUCACUGGAUCUGUUAGUUUCUCUUUGUUUGUCUUUAAUUUCUCAGGGUGUUGAUCAUUCAUCCUGUUUUGUUUUUCUUGCUCCUUGUGAGAAAAUAUGAUAAUGAUUAUGAUUAUGAAACAAAAUCUCACAGUGUGUUUCUUUGAAUAAUUUUCUUAUUAGAUGCCUCACUGAACCUCUUUCCCAUCAUCCAUCUUAAUGCCACAUUUUCUUAUGCAGCCACUAAUAAUUUUAAAAAAUCAAUACACAGAUUUAUAUUACAGCUAAACAGCAAGUUUACUGACUACCUAUUAAAAUGAUUAAACAAAAAUUGCCUGAAUUAAUGAGCGGAAAUCUAGAUUUGGGGGGGAAAAAAAGAGAAAAUAACAGCGGAGGCUGUGUAGGGAAGGACAAAAACAGAGCGAGUCAGCUAGUGAAAGAAAGGAAAAGUGAAGAAGAAGAGAGGAGGCAGACAUGGAGCGGUCAGGACUGAUUGGCUGAGUCACCUCUCCUCAGGCGAGAGGGUGCACAGACAGGUGGCUAAGAGUGUGUGUCCUCCUCACUUACUGAGAUGUGUGUGUAAUCCUGUUAGUUGUGUGUGUUUGUGUGUGAGUAUGUGUAUGUGUGUGCAGAAAGAUACUGACCAGUUGUGAUCUUUGAUGUUCAAAGGUGCCAACCUGAGAAGGAAAAUACUCAGGAAUGGAUAAAGGUCACAUCUCAAACACACAUACUAUACACACAUAGAGAUAUCUCUUUGUUUGUCACACAUGCAGGUUUCCAAUAGAAGCUGCAGAAAGAGAAAGACAAUAUUCUGAAGAUCAGUGAAUAAUGUGAUAAAAUGAUGAUUUUAUUUUAAAGGCUCAUCUCUUCAAGUGAGAAGAAUUGCAAGAUAAAAGAAUCAACUGUCACAAAAAAACAAAGCAGCUCAUUUCAACUAAAAAUGUCAAUGAUGUGUUCUGCAGCAGAAUUGAUGACAUUAAUGUGCAGCUACUGCAGAACCUGAUAUUUGGUUCAUUUGAUGAGCAGAGCCUUUGUGGAUCAUCUACCAGGACCAUUCCUGAGACAGAGGCUGCUAUCUCUUGUCCUCUAACUGGUUUUUCAGGUGCACUCGGUGUUUUCACAGAUUCACUGAUUUUUAACACUCGAGGGAGGUCAGAGUGGGGGAGAGAGGAGGUUCAGUUUUAACUGGAUGGACUGUUGUUGUGAGGGCUGCAGGCUUGAAUACUCAUAACAAGGCGUUGAUUCAUUGUAGGUUGGUGAAGGGAUUGAAGGGUACGUCCAAUGUUUAGACGCUUAUAUUCCUCAAAGUGGGUGGGUUUAAAUCAAAUUAGCAGCCUAGUGUUGCAGCAGGUCAUUUCCCACUCACUCUUGCUCUCUCUCUCUCUCUCUCUCUCACACACACCCUCUCACCUCAGCCUCCUUCUCCGCCCACUAUGCUCUGAAUAAAGACAUCAAGACCAAACAAAUAGCCGUACCGAUGAAACACAUUUCCUUUAUUUUUACUUGUUUGUUUGACAGAAACAAAUCCAGGAGACUUCCCUUCAUAUGCAAAGUAGAUCCCAUGUUUACAGGUUUCUAGUGGUGGCUUAUUUGCAGCGUCUGUCCCUGGUAAAGCUUCUGAAAAACAAAGACGAGAAGUAACAGAGGAUGGAGUUUAAAGGUAAAUCAAAGGGAACAGUUUUUCACUAUGGGGGCUGGUUGUCAUAUUGGGUGGGUGCGCUUGCAAAUGCAUGUAUCUGUAAUUAGUCCACAAAGCUGCAAAAGCAGUGUUACAAGUGAGACUCUAAUUUACAGCAUGACACUGUGACAGAGGAGUGUUUGAUGUCAGCUGACUGUCGGAGCUUCUCUUCCUGAGCGGUAAACAUCUGUUUCAUUUACCAGCUUGUUGUCUCUGUAUGCCCAUGAUGAAGAGUUGUGCUAAUUUUGUGCCUUCAGCUACAUUUUUUAAAUCCACCUUACCUUUCCUUGAGGCCAUCUCUCCUCUGAAAGGCAAGCAUGGGAAACAGAAACAUGAUUUCUUAGUCAGUUAGUUAGACCUUUGAUUGGCAUUUGUCCUUUUCUGGUAUUUGAACACCGUUUGAGCGUCCCAACUUCAAAAACAGAUGGUAAAGUAAAAAUUCAUGCUGAUGCCUGUGAUUUCUAAACUUGUUCACCCUCUCCAAGUAACACCCUUACAGCUGGGUGAUUAGGGGUGUGUUAUGACUCCUGUCACUCAUAGUGGAAGUGAACGGAGAAGGAUGCAUGUACAAGCUGUAUGAACUCAGCCCUGCUAGCCUCUUCACACCAGCUGUCCAGUUUUAUUGCGUUGUGUUUGUGUCCAUAUCUGAAGUUAUAUGCAGAUUCAUUAUUCCAUAUAAAUUAAAACCUAAUGCACAUCGUUAUCUCGGCAUGUUUUGACAUGUUGUAGAUGGGUUUUCAAUGAGUGGGUGGAAAAUAAAGAGACAUAGGGCUAAGCUGCAGAUAUCUGAACAUGACUUCUAACGCACUGCAUUAUUCUAAGACAUCCACCGACAUUCAUGUGGUUAAAUACUGCAGUAAAACGUGUAGUGGAUGAUGAUACAUGGACAGGACUUUGGCUGGAGGACACUAGCUGCAUCACUUUGUCUUCUAGUCAUAGUGUGUUCAUCAAAGUUUAGUCAUUAUGGUUCUUUCAUGCAGACACAAAGGCUCAUUGGUUUUUAUUUCAUUAGGCUGUACCAUCAAAUCAAGUUACGAUAGCAUAAUCAAUGGAUCACUAAGUUUUGUAUGGGACACACAACCUGAAACAAGAAUAUUGAAGAAGAGGAUAUAAAACGCACUGCUUUGGUUUCAUUAUCACAUAACAGUAUAAUCAGGUAUCCAUGUCAGGAGCAUCAGCAGUGUUUUCUCCUAAAAAAUCUUAAUGAAGCAACUUAGCUGAUUCUACGACAUAACGCUUAUGUGUCUAAAUAUUAUUCAUACAGGGGUUUCGAAACAAAGAAUUGCGCUGAUAUACCAAAGUAAAUUACAUUAUUAACAUGUUCCUUUUGAGCAAUUCCACCACUUAAAUUAAAGUUUCUAUUGGGAACUUUUAACUAGAUUUUAAAAACUAUCUUGCUUGUCCUGAUAUAUCUGUGUCACCUACAACAGCAAAUGAGCCCAUCAGGGGAAGAUAAGAUAUUUCUGAAGAGUGUAACUCCUACUUUCAAAAUUUGUUGGUUGGGUCUUCCCACUGACAAAACGAUUUACGGCACGCAAGCCAGAAGUUUCAGCACUUAGACAGGGACACGAGAGAAGCAGUAAGUUGUUGCUAAGCUAGCCAGUGAAAACAGAGCAAAAACAAAUGGCUACACGUGGCAGAUGAUAGGACAGGGCCCACAAAAAGAAAAUGAAUUAGAACAGAAGUACAAAAAAAAGGAAAAGGGGAAUUUGAUUGAGGGAUUCCUUCUCUACAGAUAAUGUAAGCUGUGCUUUUUUACACUGCUGGCUUAUUGAUAUGGAGAUAUAAUUUGACCAAGGAAAGCUGACAACUUAAGCUUUCUAUACUAAUCUACGGCCGAGUUAUCUGAUCUGUUUGUUGUAGGUUUACUAUUACAACUGGGACGUAACUGUAAGCUAAGAAUACAAGUCACAAUAAUACAACAUUACUUAGUUUCACUGGCGACAUAUUAUAUUUCAAAGAAAUGCAAAUAUAUACAUUACCUCAUCACUAUGCAUCCUGCAGAUACAACAAAACAAAAAAAAUACUAAUAAGUCCUGCCUUGUUUCAUUUGCCUCCAAAACAACUACAUGCCAGACCAAAGACCUUGCGUCUUCAUUACAGUACGCGUAAGAGCUCAUGGGAAAUGCAGCCAUCAUUCUGGAAAAACACUACCACUUUUGUCCAUAGUGGCCGCCAAACGUAGUGGAAAGUGAAAACUCUGUUCAGCUGCUUUAAGAAAUGAAAUGUAAACAAGAGUCUCUUAUUUUGAGUGUUAGCAGCAGCUGUCAGCAUUAUCUCCAAACCCAGUGCAAUUAUGGCCCAAAAGUAUUGAAAAAUAUCCAACUACACAAACAGUAGACUUGUCUGUCAUGCUGUAGUUUGAUGGCUGAGGAGGGUGCCAGAGGAAUAAGGGUGUGACGGCAGACAUAAAAAUUAUGGAUAUGGACAUGACUGUGGCUGCAAUACAAAAUGGUACAUUUGCUCAAAGUAUAUGGACCAUAAAUGAAAUGACUGCUCGUAGCAUGAAAAAGAUGCUCUCACAGACAAAGUACUUUUCUAUUUCUGUGGAAGUUUUGGCAGCAUCGUCGCCAUUAUUGCUGUUAAAAAUGACAAACUCAUCAGGAGCUGAUCUCACGGGACAGCUCAUCACCUCCAGGAGAAAUCUUAAACUGUUUCAUAACCAUUAGAAAGGAAGCUAAUGCCUUAGCCACAGCAUCAUCAGGCAGAGCUGAAAUAUGCUGGGUUUGACCUGUGGGGUCGGGUUGUUCCUGGCAUCACUUAGCAAUGAGAUUUAAUCACUGUUGUUAUUUUUGACCAAUCAGAAUCAAGUAUGCAGUGAGGUACAGAUAACACACCUAAGAUGUAUUUUUAACAUGUAUUCUUUGAAAGUGGUUUGUUGAAAUACUACUACAUGCAUGUACAGGUGUGUCAUCAUCGCUAACAUCUGUGUGUGUUUGCAUCAUAGUGUGCUCUUCCUUUAGUCUUUGUGUGUGUUUAAUGUUUGAUAGUCUUUUGUGCCUGAGCCACUUAGCUAAACCAACACUGCUGUAAUGAUAAGCCUCUCUCCUCCUCCUCCCCCUUCUCUUCCAGCAGUGUGUGUGUGCGUGUGUGUGUCUGUGUGUGUGUGGGUAUUAAUGAUCCCCUUGUUAAAGUUUAAUGUCUCUGUUCCACUGUUGUCAGGGAGAUUUACCACUGAGCCCUAUGGGAAAUGUCUGCCCCACUGCUCAACGCCUGAUGGCAAACGUGUACUCCCAUGCACACAAAUAUGCUUACACAAACACACACAUGCACACAACACAUGCAGAGUUGAACAUGUGUGUGCACGUAGAGGAUGCAUAAAUGGUCAUAUAAUUCCCUUCACCUCUUUAUAUCAGUUUCAUUACCAUGAGGGAGUCGAUGAAGACUGCCGCUGUCGUCGCUCUGUGGAGGGGAAAUGUGUGUCUUUGUGAGUGUUUGGCCGUUCUUCACACAUGGUUAACUCCUGCACUAGAUCAAGCUUAGUGCUGUCUCUUCAUCCCCAUGUGUCUCUGUGCUGGAACCUGAUCAUGCACACGCUGAAGCAGGGUUUUCCUCCUUUACUCAGCGCUGUGAUAAGUCUUCUCUUCCUAACAUCAGAGCUGUAUGUGGCUCUGAAACACGGUUUGUUUGAACUUGCACUGGGUGCUUCACUUAGUUUGGAGACUGUCAGGUCCACAAUGAAAACAAGGGAUGCUGACUGAAGGCUUUUCAAAGCAAAGAUAUACAGCCGGCAACCUCCACUCAUUCACUUUAGUUAAAAAAAAAAAAAAAACUAUUGCAGUGUUUCGACUGUGUUUCCAGUUGUUUUUAAAUGAAGUUCACAUGAAAUUUGAAAUGAGGUGUUGUAAAAAUGUCCCUGCACCAAAUAUGAUCACAGAACUGCAGUGUCAGAAAGCUCUACUGCCAUAACUGAACUCAGUCAAGUGUUUAGAGUCUGUCGUCAGUUCACAGACUUUGAUUUCUGAUCUGCUCAAUGCUGAAACUUCUCUACUCACUUCACUGAAUGGAUGUGUAAUAUGUGACUCCGCAGUUUCAAAGCCAGUGCUGGUCUAGUUUGUGGAAGCUUGUGGAAACAUGAAAGCUUACAGUCUCCUUUCAAAAAUAAAAGGUUUAUCUCUCUGUUCAGGAGAAAUUUUGUCUAACGCAGUUUAACUUUUGGAUAAUUGAAAUAAACAAUGUGGUAGUUUAGCUAUUUUGACUUUUAGUUACAGGGAAGAAAUAUUUGAUCAAACUAAAGUUCAUGGCAGUUUGAAGUUACUUAUUAUAAGGCUUUAUGUAUCUUAUUGUUUUCUGCCUCAGUUGAUCUUUUAAUAGUGUAAUGUGUUAUUAUGCUGUGAUGGUUUUAACCUCUGUAUGCAGCAGAGAUUACCGAUUGGUAAUUUGUGUUCCAACUAUCUGGCAAGUAGGGAUGGGCGAUAGAUUAUUGUACACGAUACGUCAUUAGAAAAAUCCUUUAUGAAAAAUAUUUGCCAUCUCAUGAUAAAUACAAUAAAUGCAAGUUGAGGACAUAAGCGUGAGUGACAGACUCACAGUCAUAGCCCACACCGAGAAGAAUAACAAACAAACAUGGCCGAAGGUAAUAAAGAAGAUGUUUCUGAGCAGCUCGUUACUGAACGAGGCUCCAUGUGAGGGAUUUCCUUCAAGAUUGGGGUUUAGAUGAGUGCAAUCAGGUAUGUCUGACAUUGGACAGUGGAUCUGCUGCUGUUCACUCUGUGCAGUAAGAGUUUUGAACAAAUGUUGAAAAUGUUUUCACAUUUGAGACUUGUUUGAUGUCAUCAGUUUUCUCCAUAACCUACCACUCAAACUUGUGGUUAAGUUACUUAUUUGACUACUCUAACUGGUGUUCUCAAGACAGAAUGAGUCAAAAAUAUAGAUUGGAAUUAUAAUAUUUUUUAUCAGGAUUGCCAGAAUGGCAGAUCUCAUUGUGAUUAAUUUUUUAAGCCCAUAUCGCCCAUCUCUACUGGCAAGUCCAAAGAAAAGAGAAAAGUCAGAUUUAAAAAAAAAAAAAAAUUUCCUGUGGUUAAAUAUGAGAUCACAAAGUCUGGAGGUAAAGGAUGUCACAGUGGUUUUUUAAGUGUGUGUAACAUUAGCAAAAAUAGCGCCACCACCCUGUGGUUCUCUCUGCUUGUGUCAGUCCGCGUGUCUUGUGCCUGCUCCACGUUAUAGCGGAAGUCCAGUAAACCAGACACACUCCACAUACGACUGAAUCUCCAUUUUCUAAAUUGAAAUUCUGGUGAGACUGACAGAAUUCAAUUGUUAAGUUGACUUAACAGUCACUGUCUACUCUGAAUACAUUUUCCACUUGCAGGAUAAUCCAAAAUCAGCCAUUGUUUCCCUGUGUUUCCAGGCAGUGCAGAAAUGUACCUACUCUAGGUCAGUUUCAUCUGGUUUUUGAUGCUCUGUCCAAAGGUUCACACUUUGUUGGAAAAACGCAUAAGGCAGAAGGUUGACUUUUCAGAGACAGGAGAAAAGAGCAUAUUUCACAUAGUUUCUGGUCUCCAGAGCUGUAGGACUAGUGUGAGAUAGGGAUGGAUUUAAAACCUGAUUCUCCAAAAACUACUGUAGUGGGACCUCAACACAAAGAGCUGAGGCUUACAGAUCAUGGUACCUGAUGGUACUUUUGUCCUGCCCACAAAGCUCUGAUCAGCUGACUUAGUAAACAAUAACAAUCUGUCAACAAUGUGAGCUACAACAUGGCAAAACAGGUGAAACUAUAGGGUGACCCUACUCUGAAUCCCAAAAAGAGGAAAGUACUACACCGGGCAGAGUUGCGUGCAAAAUUUUGAGGGUUUUUUGAGUAGCGUUUAGGGUUUCUUAUGUGCUUAUGUGCUCAGUUAGUCCACAGCACACAAACUCAAAACUUCCAUACAAAACAUCAGAUAAUUGAAGGAUUUAUAAAUUCCAUCCUGACAGGCCAGACAGCCCCCCAAAAAAGGACAUGUCCAGGUAAAAGAGGACGUAUGGUCACCCUACGAAACUGUGAGGAGCGGUAGAGUUGAUGAGUGACGCCUCACAUUACACAGACUCAUGACAUCUAUACAGCGUUAACAAACGAGAACAUCUGAGGACAUCGGAUCCAUGUUCGCAGAGAGGUGCUAAUACUGUUACCUCAUAUCCAGCAGCAUUGCAUAAACCAACCAACCUGAAAGGAGAGGAUGAAGACAUCAGGGUGUCUGAAAUGGAAAUUAAACUCGAUUGAAGCUGGGAAUAAACAGAGUGGCAUUAUGGGUAAGCAGGCCCUGAUUAGAGAACAGAUUACAAAUCAUAUGCGGUUAUUUCCCCUGUACGGCAGUCGCAACAGAUGCUGCCACCACUGAUCUCUUCUGCGGAGCAUUACAGCUCACAAGUGUGCGUGUUUGCCUCAGUUCAAACACAUGGUAUCAGACAAAGAAAGACACACACACACAAACACACAGCGUAGCUCACGUUAAAGCGCAAUGGCAGGUCACUAGCAGCCAUCCUGAAUGCUUGCCCUCAAUAACGGUGUCUGCCACCAGCAUGAAUAAUGGACAAUAAUGUUGUGCUCCUCGCUCUUCUAUGAAUAAUACAUUUAUUCUCUAUAUCCAUUUCUGCCUCCGUCUUUCUCUGUCCAUUUCUUAGAGAUGCUGA